UUAAAAUUUAUAGCGCUUUUCGUACGGUUAAGCAGAUGAAGCAUGAUCUCUACUAUUGUUUCCCCAGUUCAACCAAGAUUUGUUUACAAUUCUACAGUUGCCUGUCAAACUCCGGUCAAUAGUAACGAUGGUUGUCGAAAAAGUCUGCUGCAUUGGAGCUGGGUAUGUUGGAGGUCCAACUUGUAGCGUUAUAGCUUGGAAGUGCCCCAAUAUUAAAGUUACAGUAGUAGAUAAAUCAGAAUUGAGAAUUAAGCAGUGGAAUUCUGAGAAACUUCCCAUUUAUGAACCUGGCCUCGAUAAAGUUGUGAAAGAAUGCAAAGGGCGAAAUCUUUUCUUCUCAACUGACAUUGACUCGGCAAUAAAGGAAGCCGACUUGAUUUUUAUCUCUGUCAACACUCCAACGAAAACCUAUGGCAUUGGGAAGGGUCGUGCAGCAGAUCUGAAAUACGUAGAAGCCUGUGCCCGAAAAAUAGCGGAAGUUGCCGAGAACAAUAAAAUUGUUGUAGAGAAGUCUACUGUUCCUGUGCGAGCUGCAGAAUCCAUUACUCAUAUUCUAUCUGCCAAUAGAAAAUUAAAUGUUUCAUUCCAAGUCUUGUCAAAUCCGGAAUUUUUGGCCGAAGGUACAGCUGUAGACAACCUCUUGAACCCUGACAGAGUUUUGAUUGGUGGGGAAGAGUCACCUGAAGGUGAUGCAGCUGUUGCCGAACUUUCGUGGAUAUAUGGUCACUGGGUUGAGGCAGACAAGAUCAUCACUACCAACACAUGGUCAUCAGAACUUUCGAAAUUGGCCUCAAAUGCUUUUCUAGCCCAGCGUGUAUCCAGCAUAAAUGCAAUAUCUGCACUGUGUGAAGCAACUGGAGCUGAUGUUAGUGAAGUUGCAUCAGCUGUAGGUCGGGAUUCCCGAAUUGGUUCCAAAUUCUUGCAAGCUUCCGUGGGCUUUGGUGGUAGCUGUUUCCAGAAGGACCUCUUAAAUUUGGUGUACAUUGCUGAAUGUGUAAAUUUACCAGAAGUAGCUAAUUACUGGCAGCAAGUUAUUGACAUGAAUGUGUAUCAGAGGACUAGGUUUUCAAAGAGGAUUGUUGAAUGUCUCUUCAACACUGUUACUGAUAAGACUUUAGCUGUCUUUGGAUUUGCUUUUAAAAAGAACACGGGAGACACAAGAGAAAGUCCAGCUAUAUAUGUAUGUUCUCACUUACUGGAGGAAGGUGCACGACUCAAUAUUUUUGACCCAAAGGUAGAGCCAAAGCAAAUAGAGCAGGAUUUGACCUCUGCUGAUGUGACGAGUGAUCCUGAACGUGUUUUAAGUUUGGUCAAUAUUUAUUCUGACCCUUAUGAAGCAGUGAAAGAUGCCCAUGCUAUUGCUGUUCUUACUGAAUGGGAUGAGUUUAAGACUUACAACUAUGAGAAAAUGCUUUCGAUCAUGAAAAAACCAGCGUUUAUAUUUGAUGGCCGCAAGAUUCUGGACCACCAGGCUUUGAUUAAAAUUGGCUUCCACACAGAGACGAUUGGAAAGAGAUUCUCUCGCAACGCCCUCCAGAGAGCAUCUGGUUUGGAUCUUUGAUUUUUUUAGUCCCUGUCGUCACAGACGACAACUUUUUUGGUUUUGCUGUAAAAGAAGUAACAACAAAUUUUUCCACUUGAUUUAUAGUUUUUGUCGGAGUGUUUUCCUAGUUGCAUGAUUAGUCAAAAGUUUCCACUUAAAAGACCUAUGUUAUUUUAUCACACUAGUUAUAAAACAAUUCUUUUAUCCCAUAGCACCUCCAUAAUACUAAAGUGGUUUGGCAAUUUCUUCUGUGCAAAAAAGGCUUGUUUUUUAACUAACCAGAUGAUACUUUGAGCAUUGCAUUAUUCUUACUUUUAUUUUAUCUUUUCGUUUUGUUUAUCCUUUGUUUGCAGUACUUUCUUUGUUGAUUGUGCUUUGAAAUGUCUCUGCUCGCAAUUGAACACUGUUAAGAAUAUUUUGUGUAUUGUAGAUAUUUUGAACGUAGGUCUCUUGGACGAGUUAGUUAUAGCUGGACUGUAUGAGUAAUGCUUUACUCAUUUUAAUUUACUUUAGUAAUCAUGAAUUAUAGGUACCCUUGAUUGUGAACCUAGUAAAGUACAUAUUUUAGCUGUAAUUUUUUGUAAAGGCGUGUAAGUGUUUUAGGAGCAUGUUUUACUAAACAUAAAGGAAUGUGAUAUAGUUAUGAUAUAAAGGGUAUCAAGCACUAUUCACAAUUCAUUCAAGAAGCAUAUCUUGCAAGGUAAGUGCCUUUUUACCUCAGAAUACAUUGUAUUCUGUACUACUUGUAUUAUGCAUUUUUCUGAGCAUUAUAAAAGAAAGAGUUUUAUCCAUGUCAAAACUUGAAUGGUUUGGAAAGGCUUGGAUGUGUUCAUACAAAUUACACCUAACUCUGACAUGCUGCUAGAGGAGAAUACCCCGGUCCAUGUUUGAAACACUCACUUUUCUUCUCAGUCUCAAGUUUUUAUUUGCAGGCUUGAGCCACUGAUCUGACCUCUGUUUUGCAUCCCUCCUCACCAACACCUCUUCUCCUCCGCAUAUGAUAUUGAUUCUCUGUAAUGCAAAAACUGUUGAUCAGUCUUCUUUUAAUGCUGUGGAAGCUAAUGUCCCAAAGUUUAAUAAAGUGCUGCUCACCAUUGUUGGAACAUUUUGACACUGACAGCAACUGUUUUUUUUUUUUUUUUUUUUUAUCUUUCUUUUUUUUUAGAUCUAUCGAUAUUUACUUAUCAGUAUUUAUAUUUUCUUAACUUCUGAUGGCUUUGUUCUCUUUUAUGCCAUCUGUGAGUCUUCCAUUCCAUGAAAUCAUCAUCAUCAUCAGUCCUUGAGUACAAGGUAUUUCUUUUCCCAACUACAUAUUUUACAAUUUCUUCUGUUGUUAACUUCAUGUAGUUUACAAUUAUGUUCAAAAUGGGCGUAUGUUUUUAAGGAACAGUUAUAAGGCAGUGGGCCUGCCUAACAAGCUGUCAAGAAAAGGGAUAAAGGCAAAACAGAGGAGAGGACAUAUAAGUAAUACUGAAUGUGUGCAGGUUGAUAUAUGAUUUCUUGAGUAGAAAAGAUGAAAGGAAAUAGUUAUGAAAUUAAUUUUAGCAAUUUUUGUAAUUUCUUAACAUGAGUUAAUAUCAACAUGAUUCUGAAGUAUAAAGGUAGUGAAGAGAGAAGGAAAUUGCAAAAAAAGAUAAACGAGGAGUGAAUUAAUAUUGACACAGACUGAAGUAGCUGUUUUUAGUCCAGGGUGCUGUUUUUAGAUUCAUGGAAGGUACAUAGUCUUUAUCAUAGAAGAGAUAUUCCUUUGGACAUUACAGUAUUUGAUUGUUUAAGAUUUGAAGAGGUAUUCCAUUGGACAUUGCAGUAUUUGAUUGUUUACUAAGAUUUGAAGAGGUAUUCCAUUGGACAUUACAGUAUUUGAUUGUUUACUAAGAUUUGAAGAGGUAUUACAUUGGGCAUUACAGUAUUUGAUUGUGUACUAAGAUUUUAUCAAGUGUUAUUUGUAUCACGAUUGGAUGUAAGUGCAUGUUUUCAAAUUUUGUAUAUUUAUGAGUAUCGUUUUGUGAGAGACCUUUAGUAAGGUAAAUGUGUAUAUACUGUAUAUAGAUAUAAAUCUGAAUUUUAAUGCAUGUAGAACUAUUUAUUUUCAGCGUUGAUGACCUUUGAUGUUGUAACGCUAGCUGGUUUACCCAGUUAAUUGAUAUUUCAUAAAUAAAGUGAAGAUUAUGUUGCAUGUGUAAGUGCUCUUUUCUGUUACUCACUUGUUUUACUGAAUUAAAGUUUAAUAUCUUGAAAA